CAGCGGACACCUCCCGCGGCAGCCGCCUGCGCCCCGCCCGGCACCGGCACCGGCACCGGCACCUGCGGACGCCGAGCGAUGCCCUGGGUCGGGGGCUGAAGGGACCGGCCGCCUCCCGGAGCUCCGCGCCGCCUCCCGGGGCAUGGAGCGGCCCCAGCGCGGCUGCCUGUAGAGCCGGCGGCGCGGGGAGGGGGUGGGAGCCCCGCUCGGAUCACCUCUCUCUUCUCUUCCAGGAUGGCGCGCUUCGGGGAGGCGGUGGCCGGCCGCCUGGGCUCGGCGGACGGCGGCUCGGAGCAGAGCAGGAGCCGCCCGGGCGCCGCGGCCCCCGCCGGGGGCACCCCGGGAGCCUUCAAGCAAACCAAAGCCCAGAGGGCCAGGACUAUGGCUCUGUACAACCCCAUCCCGGUCCGGCAGAACUGCUUCACCGUCAACAGAUCCCUCUUUCUCUUCGGGGAGGAUAACGUGGUGAGGAAAUACGCCAAGAAGCUCAUCGACUGGCCUCCCUUCGAAUACAUGAUUCUGGCCACGAUCAUUGCGAACUGCAUCGUCCUGGCGCUGGAGCAGCACCUGCCGGGGGAUGACAAGACACCUAUGUCCCGAAGAUUAGAGAAGACAGAGCCUUACUUCAUCGGGAUCUUUUGUUUUGAAGCUGGGAUUAAAAUCGUUGCUCUGGGAUUCGUUUUCCACAAGGGCUCAUACCUGCGGAAUGGCUGGAACGUCAUGGACUUCAUUGUGGUCCUCAGUGGCAUCCUUGCCACAGCUGGAACCCACUUCAACACACACGUGGAUCUGAGGACGCUGCGGGCAGUGCGUGUGCUCAGACCUCUGAAGCUCGUCUCAGGCAUUCCCAGUUUACAGAUCGUGUUGAAGUCCAUCAUGAAGGCCAUGGUACCUCUUCUCCAGAUAGGCCUGCUGCUCUUUUUUGCUAUUCUGAUGUUUGCCAUCAUUGGCCUGGAGUUCUACAGUGGGAAGCUGCACCGGGCUUGCUACGCAAAUAAUUCAGGUGAACUAGAAGAGCUGGACCCUCCUCAUCCCUGUGGAGUGCAGGGGUGCCCCCCGGGUUACGAAUGUAAGGAGUGGAUUGGUCCUAACGAUGGGAUCACUCAGUUUGACAACAUCCUCUUUGCUGUGUUGACCGUCUUCCAGUGCAUUACCAUGGAAGGGUGGACCACAGUGCUGUACAACACCAAUGAUGCCUUAGGAGCCACCUGGAACUGGCUGUACUUCAUCCCCCUCAUCAUCAUCGGAUCCUUCUUUGUUCUCAACCUUGUCUUGGGAGUGCUUUCUGGGGAAUUUGCCAAAGAGAGAGAGAGAGUGGAGAACCGCAGAGCCUUCAUGAAACUGCGACGACAGCAGCAGAUUGAGCGGGAGCUGAACGGCUACAGGGCCUGGAUAGAUAAAGCAGAGGAAGUAAUGCUGGCUGAAGAGAAUAAAAAUGCUGGAACUUCAGCUUUAGAAGUGCUCAGGAGAGCUACUAUCAAAAGAAACCGGACAGAAGCCAUGAAUCGUGACUCAAGUGAUGAACACUGCGUUGAUAUUUCCUCUGUAGGGACCCCUCUUGCUCGCUCCAGCAUCAAGAGUGCAAAAGUGGAUGGUGCCUCUUAUUUCCGGCACAAGGAGCGACUUUUGCGUAUCUCCGUUCGCCAUAUGGUGAAAUCCCAGGUGUUUUAUUGGAUUGUCUUGAGCCUUGUGGCUCUCAACACUGCCUGCGUGGCCAUUGUCCAUCACAACCAGCCAUUGUGGCUCACCCACUUGCUCUACUAUGCAGAGUUCCUGUUUCUUGGGCUCUUCCUUUUGGAGAUGUCCUUAAAGAUGUAUGGAAUGGGGCCACGCCUUUAUUUCCACUCCUCUUUCAACUGCUUUGACUGUGGGGUCACAGUGGGAAGCAUCUUUGAAGUGGUGUGGGCCAUCUUCAGACCAGGGACUUCUUUCGGGAUCAGUGUUCUACGAGCUCUCCGGCUUCUGAGAAUAUUUAAAAUAACAAAGUAUUGGGCAUCCCUGAGGAAUUUGGUGGUCUCACUGAUGAGUUCCAUGAAGUCUAUUAUCAGUCUGCUCUUCCUCCUUUUCCUUUUCAUUGUAGUCUUUGCUCUGUUGGGAAUGCAGCUGUUUGGAGGCAGAUUUAAUUUCAUGGAUGGAACUCCUUCUGCAAACUUUGACACCUUUCCUGCAGCCAUCAUGACUGUGUUUCAGAUCCUGACAGGUGAGGACUGGAACGAAGUGAUGUACAAUGGAAUCCGCUCCCAGGGAGGAGUCCGCUCAGGCAUGUGGUCCUCCAUCUACUUCAUCAUCCUCACUUUGUUUGGAAACUACACCUUGCUGAAUGUGUUCUUGGCCAUCGCUGUGGACAACCUGGCCAAUGCUCAGGAGUUGACAAAGGAUGAGCAGGAGGAGGAGGAGGCUUUUAACCAGAAGCACGCCCUGCAGAAAGCCAAGGAAGUCAGCCCGAUGUCUGCCCCAAACAUGCCCACUGUUGAAAGGGACAGAAGGAGGAGACACCACAUGUCGAUGUGGGAACCACGCAGCAGCCAACUGAGAGAAAGAAGGAGGCGACACCACAUGUCAGUGUGGGAGCAGCGUACCAGUCAGCUCCGCAGGCACAUGCAGAUGUCCAGCCAGGAAGGAAUCAAUAAGGAUGAACCUCCACUGCUCAACCCUCAUGCCAGCAUAUUCAGGAGAAAAAAGCCAGGUGAAAAUGUAGCCUCAGAUAAGCCUGAGGAGGAACAGGGAGGCAAGGCAGAGCAGCCACAGGUGGAAGGCCUGGAACAGCCAACCACAGGCACCAACGUCAGUGCCAGUGAGGACAAGAGGAGCCCAUCCCCUCGAGCCAAGAGAGAAAGGGACCAGUGGCAUCAGAAAUCGUGUCAUGGGAACUGUGAUCCAACUGAACAAGAUGGCAGUGGAGGAGGAGGUUCAGGGUUUGAAGACAGAGCCCGGCUAAGACAGAGCCAGCGGCGCAGCCGGCACCGGAGGGUGCGGACUGAGGGGAAGGAGCCAGCUGGAGCUCUAGAGAGCCGGUCGACCAGCCAAGAUACAGGCCUGGAGGAUGCCAAUCCUGCAGAGGGACAGCAGAAGAGGAAUGAAGGAGGAAAGGAGGAGAAUUUGAUUCAGGGGGAGCAGGCAGGCGAGGAACUGAAAAGAACCAAUGGAAUCCCAGCCAACGAGGCUGAGGUCCCUGGGGCCACCAAAGACAGGAGUCCACCUAAAGUCCCUCAUGAGCUCAACCAGGGGAAUAAUGUAAGCCUGACUGAGCAGGACUGCAGCAGUCUAGAUACCAGUGACCAAGCCCUGCUGGGCGGCCUCCAGAUGGAGAUGAGCAGAGCCAUCAGCAGGAGUGAACCAGACCUCUCCUCCAUCACAGCCAACACUGAGAAAGCCACUGAGAGCACCACCAUCAUGAUCGAUGUCCAAGACUCCACUGUGGUACAGAUUAGCAACAAGACAGAUGGAGAAGCCAGCCCCUUGAAGGAGGCAGAGACAAAAGAGGAUGAGGAGGAGGCAGAAAAGAAGAAACGGAAAAAGGAGAAAAGCUCAGAGACGGGCAAAGCAAUGGUGCCUCACAGCUCCAUGUUCAUCUUCAGCACGACUAACCCUGUGCGAAGAGCCUGCCAUUACAUUGUGAACCUGCGCUACUUUGAGAUGUGCAUCCUCCUGGUGAUUGCAGCUAGCAGCAUUGCAUUGGCAGCUGAAGACCCUGUCCUGACCAACUCUGACAGGAAUAAAGUCCUGAGGUAUUUUGACUAUGUUUUCACUGGUGUCUUCACCUUUGAGAUGGUUAUCAAGAUGAUAGAUCAGGGCUUGAUCCUGCAGGAUGGCUCCUAUUUCCGAGACCUCUGGAACAUCCUGGACUUCAUCGUGGUGGUGGGGGCUUUGGUGGCUUUCGCCUUGGCGACCAACAAGGGCCGGGAUAUCAAAACUAUUAAGUCUCUCCGUGUACUGCGAGUCUUGAGGCCGCUGAAAACUAUUAAGCGAUUGCCCAAACUCAAGGCUGUCUUUGACUGUGUUGUGACUUCCUUGAAGAAUGUCUUCAACAUACUCAUUGUUUACAAGCUCUUCAUGUUCAUCUUUGCUGUCAUCGCUGUCCAGCUUUUCAAGGGGAAAUUUUUCUAUUGUACAGACAGCUCUAAGGACACAGAGAAGGACUGCAUAGGCAAUUAUGUGGACCAUGAGAAAAACAAGAUGGAAGUGAAGUGUCGUGAAUGGAAGCGCCAUGAAUUCCACUAUGACAAUAUCAUUUGGGCUUUACUUACACUCUUCACUGUCUCCACUGGAGAGGGGUGGCCACAGGUGCUACAGCAUUCCGUGGAUGUGACCGAGGAGGACCGGGGGCCCAGCCGCAGUAACCGCAUGGAGAUGUCCAUUUUUUAUGUGGUGUAUUUUGUGGUCUUCCCUUUCUUCUUUGUCAACAUCUUUGUGGCUCUCAUUAUCAUCACAUUCCAGGAGCAAGGAGACAAAAUGAUGGAGGAAUGCAGUCUGGAGAAGAAUGAGAGGGCAUGCAUUGACUUUGCCAUCAGUGCCAAACCUCUCACUCGCUACAUGCCUCAAAACCGACAUACCUUCCAGUACCGUGUCUGGCACUUUGUGGUCUCUCCUUCCUUUGAAUACACCAUCAUGGCCAUGAUAGCUUUGAAUACUGUGGUGCUGAUGAUGAAGUAUUAUUCUGCACCCUAUACAUACGAGCUGGCUUUGAAGUACCUGAACAUUGCAUUUACCAUGGUGUUCUCCUUGGAAUGUGUCCUGAAGAUCAUAGCUUUUGGCUUCUUGAAUUAUUUCCGGGACACCUGGAACAUCUUUGACUUCAUCACUGUGAUUGGCAGCAUCACAGAAAUUAUCUUGACAGACACCAAGUUGGUAAACACCAGCGGCUUCAACAUGAGCUUUCUGAAGCUGUUCCGGGCUGCUCGCCUCAUCAAACUGCUCCGCCAGGGCUACACCAUCCGUAUUCUGCUGUGGACCUUUGUGCAGUCUUUCAAGGCCCUUCCCUACGUUUGUCUCUUGAUAGCUAUGCUUUUCUUCAUAUACGCAAUCAUUGGGAUGCAGGUUUUUGGGAAUAUCAAACUAGAUGAAGGAAGCCACAUAAACCGGCACAACAACUUCCGCAGCUUCUUGGCCUCCCUCAUGCUCCUUUUUAGGAGUGCCACAGGUGAGGCAUGGCAAGAGAUUAUGCUUUCAUGCCUGGAAGGCAAAGGCUGUGAACCCGACACUACAGCGACAUCUGGACAGAAUGAGAACGAGCGCUGCGGCACUGACCUGGCUUAUGUUUACUUUGUCUCCUUCAUCUUCUUUUGCUCAUUCCUGAUGCUCAAUCUGUUUGUGGCGGUCAUAAUGGACAAUUUUGAAUACCUGACUCGGGACUCCUCCAUCCUGGGGCCUCAUCACCUAGACGAAUUUGUCCGGAUCUGGGCGGAGUAUGACAGAGCCGCAUGUGGCCGCAUCCAUUACACUGAGAUGUAUGAAAUGCUGACUCUCAUGUCACCACCGCUAGGCCUCGGCAAGAGAUGUCCCUCCAAAGUGGCCUAUAAGAGGCUGGUGCUGAUGAACAUGCCCGUGGCUGAGGACAUGACUGUCCAUUUCACCUCCACCUUGAUGGCAUUGAUUCGAACAGCGCUGGACAUAAAAAUUGCCAAAGGUGGUGCAGACUGGCAGCAGUUGGAUUCAGAGCUGCAGAAGGAGAUCCUGACCAUCUGGCCUCACCUAUCCCAGAAGAUGCUGGACUUACUAGUGCCCAUGCCAAAAACUUCGGACCUGACUGUUGGCAAAAUAUAUGCAGCCAUGAUGAUCAUGGACUAUUACAAGCAGAGCAAAGCAAAGAAGCAGAGGCAGCAACUGGAGGAACAGAAAAAUGCCCCUAUGUUCCAGCGCAUGGAGCCCUCAUCUCUGCCUCAAGAGAUAAUUUCUAAUGCCAAAGCUCUGCCUUACCUCCAGCAAGACACCCUGUCAGGCCUGAGCAGCCGGAGUGGGUUUCCCUCCCUGAGUCCACUCUCUCCUCAAGAGAUAUUUCAGCUGGCUUGUAUGGAUCCAACACAUGGGCAGUACCAGGAGCACCAAUCACUGGAGCCAGAGGUUAGAGAGUUUAAAAGAGUGCAGCCCUCUAACCGUGGCAACUAUCUCCCCGUGGACACUCAGGAACGCGCUGUAUCUGGGAGGGCCUCCUCCAUGCCACGCCUGACAGUGGAUCCCCAGGUGGUUACAGACACGAGCUCUAUGAGACGAUCAUUCUCCACCAUCCGGGACAAACGUACCAACAGCUCCUGGCUGGAUGAGUUCUCCAUGGAGCGAAGUAGUGAGAACACUUACAAGUCCCGCCGGCGCAGUUACCACUCCUCGCUACAGCUGACCGCUCGCCGCCUGAAUGCAGACUCAGGCCACCGGUCUGAUACGCAUCGUUCAGGUGGCAGAGAACGAGGGCGAUCCAAAGAACGCAAGCACCUGCUGUCCCCAGACAUCUCCCGCUGCAACUCAGAGGAGAGGAGUCCCCAGGCAGACUGCGAGUCUCCAGAACGGCGGCGUCAAUCCAGAUCACCCAGCGAGGGGAGGUCGCAGACGCCCAACAGGCAGGGCACAGGUUCCUUGAGUGAAAGCUCCAUCCCCUCUAUAUCUGACACCAGCACCCCAAGGAGAGGUCGCCGGCAGCUCCCUCCUGUGCCGCCCAAGCCACGGCCUUUCAUCUCGUACACUUCCAUGAUGCAGCAUGCUGGUGACACCUCCCCACAACCCGACGAGAGCGAGGGUGGGUCCCCUCUGCUUUCCAAGGCUCUGGAGACGAAUGACACCUGCCUGACCGAGUCUUCCAGCUCUCCGCAGGGAAAGCAGAGCCGGCACUCCACCCCACAGCGCUACAUUUCAGAGCCCUACCUGGCCCUGCACGAUGACUCCCACGCCUCAGACUGCGGCGAGGAGGAGACACUCACCUUCGAGGCUGCUGUCGCCACCAGCCUUGGCCGCUCCAACACAAUUGGCUCAGCCCCUCCGAUGAGGCACAGCUGGCAGAUGCCCAAUGGGCAUUACCGGAGGAGGAGGAGAGGGGCGGCACAGGGGGUGAUGUGUGGGGCUAGCAUUGAUGUGCUAAGUGAUACGGAGGAAGAUGACAAGUGCUAGAGGCCGCUGCCCCCUCCAAUGCAUGCUCUUCGCCACGCCUGGGAAUGAAAUGAAACCAAAAUCAAAUGCAGGAGAAACAAAAUCCUUUGUGCAAAAAAAAAAGUCAACCCCUGGAUUCCUUUUCUUCUUUCCUUUUUUUUUUCUGCACAGAGGAGCAGCAUUUGAUUAGCUUGUGCAACCAUGGCCUGGUCAGCUGCUUGUGCUGGUGAGAUGAGUGUGAAAUGGCCCCUCCCAAGAGAAAUGGGACUGUGUGCCUGAGUGUACUUCCCUCUGCUGCAGAGAACACAGCAGGAAGAAACUAGGCCCCUGGGAUUUGUUUUUUAUCAUCCUUUGCCCCUUGAGGCUUGGCCAAAAAAAAAGAAACACAAUCCCAGCAGGUGGCUUUAGGCACGUUUUAUUUUUCCCUUGGGAAGCCAGAGAGCAGAUGGAUAGAGGCAGAUUCAGGGCCCUUCAAGAGGUGCGCACAUUAUUGCUCAGGGCCUUUGGCACUGCCUGGGGUUUUUGGUUUGCUUCCCAAAAUUUCAGCAACAAAACGGAAAGGAGGAAUGUGUUGGGAGAGGAGGGGAGGGGCACAGGAGCAGGAUCAUUUGGGUUCAGCAGACAGACAGCAGCUGCUGUGCACGAUGGAAGGCGAUCAGUGUGAGUGAAACCAAACCAAAAUGGCUUGUACCAUGGGGAGAUUAAAGGGGAGGGGGCGGGUAGGGAAUGGUGCUGCUGAUUGUAACCCAUCUCGCUCGUACAUAUAUUUAUUUAUAUACCGAGAACUAUAGGUGUGUGUGUAUAUAUGGUAUGUGUGUGUAUAUAUAUUUAUAUGCUGUAUAUAUAAAGAUAUACACAUACAUGUGUUUGUUUUAGUAAACUGGCAUGUGAUCUAACCAGGGCCACCCUCACCCAGAGGUUUCCAGGACAGUAGAUGAGCUCUUUUAUUGACCAAGGUGCCAAAUAUGAGUUUUUCCUUCCCUGAGUCCUGAUCACAUUGACAAACCAGGUAGGAUGAGGCCUCUCUUUUGCUCUGCCUGGAGGGUGGCAGACAAGCUUUUAUGACCUGAAAAAAGUAGUGACUGGUAGAUUUGAAGCAAAAGGAGGAGCUGCCACUGUGACAUUACUGAGAGUGGUGGUUGUACUGCUGAGCCAUUAUUUUUGCAACUGGAUUGACUGCCAACUAGACUGAGGAUCUGAUUUUGUGCCAAGGAUAUUACAGCCACCUGUUCUAGUGCCAGUGCUGUGCAGUCCUCACUGGACUGUGUGACCAUAGGAUCUAGGAGGCAGGGAGGGUGGCACUUUGGAGGCUACUCAUGAAUGUAGAGAAAGGAGCGGGAGCAUCCAGUACCCCAAUACCUCCCUGCUCCCUCUUGUGAGCAUGGCUGGCUUGGCAUCAUGUUUUCUCUCACCCUCACUGCUCAGGUGCUUGUCACUGAUGUAUGGAAAUCUCUGUGUACUCAGUGUUUGAUAUAAAGCCCUCUGAUGGCAGCAAAAAUCUGCCUGCAACUUCAGUGGGCUUUGGAUCGGGUCCUUGUUGAUCCCUCUGUGCCUGACACGUUGUGCAUCAGCAAACUGUUUUGGCGUGAAUGAGCAGACUGGGUCCUACUGGUUCACUCUAGUGCCUUUUGGCAUUGAUUUUUAGGAGAGGGGAGCAGAGGUAGCUCUGUAUGCUGCCAGAAAGAUAUGGUGCCAGCCAUGGUUAAAUCAGUUAGGGAUAGGCAGACAGUUUGAGAAGCAAAGCCCCUCCUGAGCCUCUCUCAACAAGAACACAAGAAAUGCCAUCUAGCCAGUAUCCUGUCUUUGAACGUGGCAGAAAUGGAUGCUAUAGAGAGAGAGCACUGAACUUGAUAUCUCUAAAGUGAUCUAUCCCCUAUUCAAUACCCUCCAUCAUUAUUGGUUUAAAGAUGCUGUUCAACAGCCAUUAAUAGAUCUACUAUCCAUGAGUUAUCUAGUCUCUUUUUGAACUUGGCUACGCUAUCUGCCUCUACCACCUCUUGUGGCAAUGAAUUCUACAAGUUUACUACACAUUGGGUAAAAAAUCUUUAUCCAUGCCUCUGGAGCAGGACUAGGUUGCCUGGUCAGACCCCUCACAUUUCUCCCCAAGGUUUCCCUGGGAGUUUAAUACAAACUUCAUGGAUUAGAAAGGAGAUUAAAAGUGGGAGGGUUAGGCAGUUGACAUGGAAAAGUUGACCAUCAGAAAUGAACCUUCUUCCCCUACAGCUGGAUCUCAGCAAAGAGGAACACUAAUAUAUAUCAGCCCUUGGAGAUCAGCCUGCAGACACAAAGUUACAGACAGAAAGACUCAACAACCACCACUGGUUAAAGGUAUAAGCAGCAUAAUUGCUUUUGCAAUUGCAGGAACUGGUCUGGCCUUCAUCACCACAACCAUUGGAAUCUCCCCUGGGCUUGUCGGGGGCUGUGUGAAAUUGCCUUUGGAGGGCACUGAUCUGGUACUGGAGACCACUGGGCCAUGUGGAACUGAAAAGGGUUCAUCUGAGUAACUUUAAAAAUGAUUGAAGCAUUUGUGGCACUGGCCUAGGGAGGCUGUGUUACUCAGGGGUAUCACCAGGUCAACCCAAAGAAAGCCCCGUUCAGUUAUUUUCACCACACCACCAUGUAACAGUGGAAGCAGUCUAUUCUAGGGAAGUUUAUAUAAUUAUACAGGGACUCUUUAUUGUAUCCCUUAAUCUGUAACACAGGGUGCCUUAAUUUGUUCAAGUUCUAUGUACAGUGCUCAGAGGGCAGAAAUUUACACCUGAAAAUUUUUAAACACCUCUCAAAAUGACCUAGUAUGAGCUCUGCUAAUCACAAACACAUCAUGACUUUAAGGUCCUGUAUCUCAUUGCCCUUGAAGGAUAAAAGUAGCAUGCCAUGCAUCUCCCCUUUCUACUGGUAUAGGGAGCCUGAGGGAGGUUGGCACCCAAAUCCCAUUGGUAGGUCUACAGUAUUGGGCACCAAGCUCCCAUCUGUGCCUUUCAAAAUCGCUGCCUAGCACUCCUAUUUCCAGCUCUGCAACCUCAUGAGGUAUUGUACAAUCAACCUGCCCCUGCCCCAAGAAGUGUUAUUUCUCCUAGAACAGGCCUUUGCCCUUUCUGACUCAUAAAAGGACAAAUUCUGUAUGUGAGGGAAAGGAAGAAAUAUUCUUAUGGCAGCCUAGAAAGGCCCCCACCCCCUGGGCACUUCCUCAUGGCUGGGCCCAGUACUGCAGUGGUUCUUCCUCAGUUUCUUCAUCAGCUUUUCCUACCUGUGCUAGUGACUUGUGGCUCUACCCUUCAACCUAAUCGUUAUGAAUGAUCCAACACCCCCUGCCAGGGUGCCAGAGACAGUCACAGUCCAGGACAAGCAAGAAAUUAAGGAAUAUUUGCCCCACUAAGGCUUAGUCCUUUGCCCCCCUUCAAGGUUAUUCAUCCAUGCAUUCCCUUAGCUCACCACUCAGCCCAACUCUUUUUCUCAUAUAAGCUACAUUCAAACUUGAAUGAUCAUUACUGGACCCCAGAUAAAAUCAAAUGGGCCAAUGCUAGGUCUGGCUUCAAUCCAGAAAGACUUUGACCAGCCACAGUCCUGGUUAGGAAGGCCCUAUCCCCAAUGAGAGAUAUUUGUCUCUGCUCCUUCCUGCCCGCCUCCAGCUGCUUGAGCUCUCACUCCUGUUUGGCCCCCUUCCACAGGCCUGACACUCAUCACAUGUGCAGCAGGCAGGGCUGAUUUCCCCCUUCCCACACUGUACACUAAGCCUUUCCAGCUUGCAUGGGGAUUGUGUUCACCAUCACAGGCAGAGCACUGAAUCUGCUCAGGGUUUUCAAAUGUUAGAACAGGUUCUAGUGGGAGAAGGGGUUUAUGAGCAGAGUGCAUUUCACUUGCAUCUUUCUGUGCCUCAACAGCAACCUAGCCCAGAGUUCUCCACUUUCUAUCGCAUUCAUCACUCUGCCUCUUCUUCCAUAGCUCUACAGUGUAGCCACACAUGUGGCAUCUGUGUGUGGUGGAUGUGUCUAUCACUUGCACUGAAGCAUGUGUCUGUGUCUGUGUACAUAUGUGGUAGUUAGGCAUGUUAGUCUGAAGCCAGUCAGAAGGCAAGAUAGACAUGCAGCUUUAUAAACUAACUGAAUAAGAACUAAAAGGAGAGUACAUGCUUUCGUGAACCCAAGUUCACUUCAUCGGAUGCUGUGGGCAGCAUAGAGAAGAGUAUGAAGUGGAGUAAGUGAUUAGAAUACAGUAGGUAGGAAAGCAGGAGGGAAGAGGAAGGCAACGGGGAGUGCUGUGAGAGGGAUACAUGCAAAGAACCCAUUGGUAGCCAAUCCUGAACAGGGCUGAUUUCCCCUUGGGAAUCUGUGUGAUUUUACUCUGAAGCAGUCCAUGGGGCUUUUCUUCUGUCUUUCACUUGAGUCUUGCCCUUCACUUUCAGGAAAGCAUGUACAGAAGCAGCCUUGUGCCCUGCCCCCAGUUUGCAGUAUCUGCCACUGUUAUUUGAGCAGAGCCCAAGGACAGAUUGAAGCAUUUCUUCUCCCAUGCAGAGGCCUUUCCACAGUAGCAGAGGUGGGUGGCAGAUUUUCACUACCAGUCUGAGGCUGUAGACUUGGCAGCCCAUGCCUAUGCAACCAAACAUUUAAGUGCAAGCUUAAUUUUGCUAAUUAAAUGUGCAUAAAUGCUCCACUGGCCUGCAGCUCUGGUGCAGCCAGGGUAUCUCAGUGCAGGUUGGAAGGCAGAGCAACCUCUGAACUGAUUUGUCUGUAGUCAUCUUUUGACUGACAUUUGGUUUCCCUUUCCUAAAGUUCAGUAAGCCCAGUCUGAGAGGGGAGGACUCUUCCCACACCUUACAGAAAACCAUCCCUAAAAUAUAUGCAUAUUCCCAAUACAGACUUAUCUCUCCCCGCACAUACAUACACAUGAACACCCUGGAACAAACCAGCAGCAAAUGCCAAACAGCACUAGUAAUAUGCCUGUAUUAUAGAGCAUCUUUCAUCACAACAUAAGGCAUUUAUGAAAAUGGCUCAAUCUUGCCAGUGCUGAUAUUGGAAAGUGAUUGCAAGAGGGUUCAGUAUAAGGGGCAAUGUGGGGAUCAGGGUUAUUGUCCAGUUGCUGUGAGAGGGGUGAGCAGGUUUGCUUGCAGCACUGAGACAGUGGAUCUGAGAGGCAUGUGCUCAUCUGCAGAGUUCAGAAGGUUGAUCCAUCUGGGAAAGCUUCUUAAUGUAUAAUUUUACUGUUUAAAAUCCAGCAUGUGGCUGAAUUCCAGCUCCAGUGGUAAUUGAUCUAGUAAUUCCAUUCUGCCGGUCUGACUUCCUGCCACAGAUUCAAAGGCACGUGCUGGGCUUCACUCGCUGUGACAGAGAGAUGUAGGUGUAGCACAACUGUUCUGCUCCCACCUCAAAGGGAGUUGCAUUUAGGGAGAACAUGAUGCGGUCUUUGUACUUGGCCCCUGUGAAGCCCAUGGGAGUUUUGCCAUUUACUUGUGCAUGUCUAGGGUUUGACCUGUGGUCUGUAUAAGUGCUUUGGAACAGAAGAUAUUCUGUAACAGAAAUAUCCAUUGCAGUAGAUUAUUGGAGUCAGGUGGUGACUGCUGGAUUUUGAACCCAGAAUUCUAGUUGUGUGUGUGUGUGUGUGCGCGCGCAUGUGUGCAUGCACUCAUAUGCAUGUCAGGGAAGAAGCUAUCCUCUGAAUACACAUAUUUUGGGAUGGUUUAACUGGGAACUGUGGAGGCCCUUGCCUUUUUCAUCUUUUCCUUCCUUUCUGCCUUUGGGUGGAGGUGUUUCAUAUCAUUCAGGUUGCCCAACACCCAAGACCAACCAAAAUCUUACCCUAGACAAGUGGCAUUUUGUUCUCUGCUUUCUACUGGGUAAGCCAUUGCUCUGGACUUAAGAAUCCUGGGUUUAUUGACAAGCACUAAAGCUGGAAGUAAAACCAGCAUCCCACUGCAUUUUCUGAGUUUCUGGGAGAGAGGUGUUGAUUUAAAAAAUCUCGACCAGCUCUAAGAAUUGCACAGUUCUUGAGGGAUGAUCAUGGUCUACACGUCUCACUCCAGAGAAUGACUGCCACAUUCUCGUACUGACCAAACCAUCCACCCACCCACUUUCUCAAAAUGCCCCUUCCAGGCUGCAAAUUCCUUCCCCUUCCCUAGUUUAUUGACCCAGUCUCAACAAUGAACCCAUCCUUGGGCAAGCUGUUUCAGCUGCUGAAGACACACACACAUGCAUAUAUACAGCACCUCUUCAAGUGACUUGAACCACCUUUAUUCACCUGUUUGUGUUCUCUCAUCCAGCAAGCAAGAUGGUUCCCUGGCUCAGCUCCCAACAUGUCCUGUUUGUGGGUUUUGUGGCUUGCUUAUAUGAAGAGAGGUAGUUAGGCAUGUUAGUAUGAAGUCAGUCAGAAGGCAAGAGAGACAUGCAGCUUUAUAAACUAACUUAAUAAGACCUAAAAGGAGAGCACACGCUUUCAUGAACCCAAGUCUAAAGUCGUGAACCUGGAUUCUAAAGUCAUGCACAUUAAUUCACUGCCAUGCAAAGUCCUUUUUAAUUUUAGUGUUAAUAGUAAACACUUUGCAGGAUCUUUCUACCUCAUUGCACUUGUUUUCAUCAACAUCUGUCCCAUGCAUCAAAUUCUACAGAAAGGAAGCAGUUGUCUUUAAUAAGUUGCCUGUUUGUAGUUUUCAGGUCCGCACACAAUACAAUGAUAAUGUAUUAAGUUACAAGUGACGGGAAGGGCAGAUUCUCCUUGCCAGUUAGGGGUGUGGCUCUGAUUCCCAGGGUUUGAGGGCAUCCUGUGGUUGACAUCUAAUUGUUUUGAGUGGGGCACCCUCUCAGGUUCGGAGAGAAAGAGGUCUGGGUUGUGGAAUGAGGAUCCCGCCUGAGUCAUUUGUAUUUAGCCCAAAGAUGUGGGGCCGUUUGGGUCCAGGAAGCUGGUUCAAGCUCCCUGCUUGUCUCUGGUAUCAAAAGGCUUUCUGGUGCUGCAUCUAGGUACCAAGGACAGUUCCGCUGAAGCAUGGGUGUUCUUACUCAGGAGAAUAUAUAUAACUCCACGCAGGGGAAUGUAGUAGAUACCAUAUGAACAUACCUAAUGGGAUGGACGAAUAUCAGGUGAAGGCUGAACAGCCCCCCUUGAUGUCUGUCCAAAGUACAGCAAAAGUGGCUAUCAAGGCCCAUUGGUUUCUUUUCAAUCAUUUAAAUCCUUCAUUAUGAGAAAUGUAAGGACAUACUCAGGGGAUUUUGUGACCCAAAUUUUUAAUUAGCAAGUGAGAUUGAAUUUGUGGAAGGUGGGCACUCUCUUCGAGCAUCAGCUGAAUAUGCCAGUCAGCAGUCUUGGUUGACAUGUGCUAGGGCCCUGCUAUACUGGAGUAGGCCAGAACAAGCCUCACGGACACUUGAACUAAAACUGUUGCAAUCUGAAGGCUUCUUCCUGGCUGGCUGGUUGUUUCUAACUAGGUGUCAUUGCUCUGAUGCACUGUAGCAGGUAUUUGAAGCUUGAAGACCCCCUCAGAUUAAGAGACAAUUUGAUGUGGAAUCCAGUUCAGGUUUUUUUGGAUCCCCCUCAUCUGGUCUGUUUUUUUGGAUCCCACUCAUCUGGUGUGUCCCCCCCCUCUCCACCUCCCCCCCCCCCCCCCCCAAUGUUGUCAGGCAGCUAUAGAGUAGCAAAGGCCUGUGAUACUUUCCAGCACAGCAAAACUGCAAGACAUUCAAGAGCUGCUGAGCAUUGGUUCUGGGGUCUUGAGUGCCACUGAGGCCAUAGAUUUGAAUGAGCAGGUCCUCAGUGGUAUAUGGGACCCAUUUGUCCCCUCCCUACCCCUUUCAGUUUCUGUGGAAAUAGACUUUCAUUUAAAUAAACCAAAAGUUUCUCCUGCAUUGAGAAUUUAAAGCAAUGUUGGGAUGGUUUGAGCUUGGUCUGAAACCCAUUGAACACAAUGGAGAGACUCCACUUGAUUCCCAGAGACCCUGAAACAAGCCCUCACUGAGGGUACAAAAGAUUUGAGGUCCUGGCUGAUGCUGACUGCUGCAAAUCCCAGUGACAAAUGGAAGCAAGAAAUGCUCGGCACCUCUCUCUUGAUCAUCAGGUGAGCAUUACCCUACUCAGACUCGCUACCUACAGCAACGAGCAUGAAAGCAGUAAAGGUCAACAUUGUCAAGCAUUUCACAGAUGAUCACUUGAGCUCUUGGGUAGGUGUAGUGUGAUUACUGGGUUCCCUUAGUUAUGAUUCCAGCUGAGCCAGGGAGUGACCUGUACCAUCCUAAAGUCUGAUAAAUACAUAAAUGCAUCACAGCCAAGUACUUAGAAAUGACCAGAAGUCAUCAGCCACUGUGGGCCACUUAGGUCAGAGAGUCAGUCUUUGGUUCCUCAGCACUAGUAAGGCCAACCGCGUUGUGACUACUAGAUCAUUCUAAACCUCUCUUGGAAGGACAGAUCUCCCCAUGGUACAAAUUGUUAGGAAAGGAGGUGGUUGUGGUCAGGCAGAUGUGGUGAGAUGAUGCCCACCAUAUGUAUUGUAAAUAAGCGGGGAGGGAAGGGUGCAUCUUGACCUUCUAAAUGCAAAAAGAUUUAUGACAAUAAGCCAUGCUCUGUGUAAAUACAUUAUUGGGGUGGGGGGUGGGGCUCUGUGUGCAUUAGUUGGGUGAGGGGAGUUAUAAGGGGAGGGGUCUUGUUUCAUGUUGAUUUUAAAACUUAUACCUUAUUUAUUAUUCUUACAGUCAUGACUGAGACCAGCAAGUGUGCAAUGAAGUUUAUAAGAGUUUUGAAAUAUUUCCUAACAGUUUUUUAAAGACCUAUUUUAAGGUUACUAUCACUUCAACCCACAGUCUGGUCUCUCUCCCCUACAAAAGCUCUUAACUGUUUCCCCCCUAUUGAAGGGUAGGUGCAUAUCCUCCUGACCCUGGGAAUCUAGACUGAGCACUGGUAUGUGCCAUCACUGAAAGGAGUUGGGCCUCUUUCAGCUCGGCAGCUGGCCAUGAGACUUCUGGCUGGGCCAUAUGCUAAAGGCUGGAACUGGGAUCCAGUCAUUGCUACAGGUGAUUCUCCAAGGAGUGAAGUCUUGAUGCUGGCUGAAAACAGUUGGCUCAUUAGACUCUAGAGAAUAAGCCAGAAGUUUAUUCAGGUGUGUCUGAAUGCAGCAGGAUUCAGUUUCAAAACUAGUGAUUGCACCCAAGACUUGUAAUGGGGCUGAGACAGAGUAGAGAGAUCUGGCUAGGCAUUUACACUGAGCUUAUUGCCAUAAUGUCUGAGCAGCAAAGGAGGCUGGGCUGCCUCCAUGCACCACAUCAUUCCCAGGUUAGUGUUGAAGUGUUGUGGUUUUCCUUGAUUCAGAGUGGAGACUUAGUCUCUCUCCACGUGCUGGAGCCAAGAAGCUCAAAUGAUCUUGGUGGUAGGAGAGAUGUAUCCAACUCUGGGCACUAAAGCUUUGCUAUAGGAUGGAGACAGAGCCUCUCUCUAGCUGCUGAUGCUGCCAAUAGAAGGAGCUGCGCACUUUCCUGCUCUUAGAUGGAAUGUCCUGCCCCAUGCCCACCUUUAUGGCACAAGCACUUCCCAAUACAUUUGAACUGGGAGGUGAAAGCAUUUUCAUCUUAGUGUGGUGCCCUUUGGACACCACAGAUGGAGAAAGGUCUAGGUUUUUGUUGGCAUCUCCAACAUAGGUGCCCCAAACUAUUCCUUUUGAAACUGUCUUGGUCAUGAGCAGGCAUCAAUUAAAAGUACAGGCUGGACAAGUUAGCUGGAACCACAAAACAGGGGGAAAGAGAAUCUAUAAAAGUCAGAGUCAUUACAGUAAGCACUGAGGGACAAAUGGAAUCCAUGUAACAGGAGUGGAAUUUGCUUGAAAUGAGAGUUUAAAUAUUGCCACCCAUAUUCUCUAGUAGCUCUCCAUCAAGUUAUCCUUGGAUGAGCAUUGUCAUACAUUACAUAGAUACCAGCUGGCUCAUUGAAAAUUUAUUUGAAGUUCAUGAACCAGGUAACAAGCAUACAGCAACAGCACAGAGUCUGAACCCAAGUAGAGCUUUUAUUCAUAUAUACUGGUGUUUUAUUAACAUAUAGAAAUUCUUUGUAUGAGGAUAAACUAAACCAUACUUAUGGGAAUGGUUUUUUCAGUAGCACUGUGAGAAUGGACUGAUUCCAUCUAUUUGGCAGAAUCUAGAAUUUGUUUACCCUUGUAGAAUGGGUGAGAUAUGCCCAAGGGGUCAUUGAAUUUGGAAGCAAAUGGGGACAAUACAGUAUCUUAGAGCACAGCCUGUAAAACCAAAAAAAAAAAAAAAAAAGGGGGGGGGGGAAAGAGACAAGGAAAAAGACUACAACUAGGAGAAAGGAUGUUUUCAAGGUACUUCUACAACCUGCAUACCCUUUUUUUAAGUCUCUGGACUAAUUUUGCAUCUGUAUAAUAUCUCUUCUAUGGCCUAAAGAAGGCUUUACAGCCAAAAGAACCUUUCUUCACCUUGGAUAUAUCCAUGGGAUACUUACUGCUGCUAAGAUCUCAACCUGUGGUCAGGCUCAAAAAUCACUGCUGUACUCUGAGCAAGCUGUCCAAAACCAAGGGGACUUUUGUUUCAUUGCAACCAGAAGAUGAUCUUUUUGACUUCAAUUGCCCUUCAACUUAGCACAGGAAAAAUUGAGGAGAGGGCUAUGGUGGGAUGUGAAGAGGGGAGCAUUUAACAAGAAUUCCUUACAGAGAAUGGGCUAUGACGGUGUAGAGAAAAAGAGGAAAUCAGGAAAAAAAUGUUGGUGUCUAUAUACAGAUCUAGUGUUUCAAGAUUAACCUGACCCCAGCUCAGUACACUCCAGUAAGAGGUGCACUGAUACAGUGCUAGUACCAAUGCAUGGAUGGCAACUUGAUCCCAACCUGGUCCUGUAAGACAUCCAACAAUGCUGAGCAACAGUUGUUGCCUGUGGAGUUGGAUCAAUACAGUUUUCAUGUCGGUCAGUUUAUGGAGUAUGGGAAGACAGGAUAAGAGGAUGCAGAGAAGCUGCUGAUACAUGUGCUGUGUACUAAAUAAGGUAGCACACAGCAUCCCCCUCUGGGUUUUUUCAGUAACCAUGUCCUGGCUUAUUCAGCCCGAGUUUGAGAACUGCUCCGGUAAAUGUAGUUCUUAUUGGCAGCCCACAGCCAUGAUCCCUGGGAAGGUAUGGGUGCACCUCUCCCAGAGCCAGAGGCUGAUUCCAACACUACAUGUUGGCGAGGUGGAUAUAUUGUAACAUACAUGCUCAUUUGGAUCCAAAAAGGAAACAGAAAUGACUACAACAAGAAAAGAGAAAAAUGUAAAACUUUAAUGUUUUUUGUCAAAGGAAAAAAAUAAAAUCUUGUUGUAAAGAA